AUGAGCCGCGCUGCGGAGGCCUACUACGAGCACAAGGCUCGCGAGACUGAGGAGUCUGACGAACGGGCGAAACGCCCAGGACGUAGACAGACCUUCACUAAGCCCAGCUCCAACCUUCUGCAACGUUACUCGGGCCUCUUAGACGACCGAACUGCGUCCAUACGCGACUUGGAGUAUGGGGCUCCUCUGGUUCACUUCGAAGUGCUGGGUCUGCACAAGCCCAUAGUCGACGCGAUGCAUGCUGCCUUCCCUCAUGUUACGCAUCCCACGGAGAUGCAGACGCGUCUGAUACCUGCUAUACUCAGUGGGAAGGAUGUCAUACUGAAGGAUGACACAGGGACUGGGAAAACCUUCGGCGCUAUGCUAGCCCUGCUGAGCAAACCUCGCACCAAGUACCGCGUUAGGAACGCUCAAGGAAGGACCAUCGAGAAGGACACCGUCACCUCCCUCAUGAUUGUUCCCUACCGCGACCUCGCAUACCAGAUCCUCAACUGGAUCGAGAGUAUCGUCAAGAACUUUGGCGGCGCCUCUCCUCCAGAGCUAUCUUCCAUCGCUCAAGUUCUCGUACGCGACGGACAGAUGCAUCUCGGAGAGGGCCUUGAAACCUUGCGCGACGAGCCGCCCCAUAUUCUCAUUGGCACACCACAAGCCCUCCUCGACGUCUAUCGCGAGGACCCCAACGCCUUCUGCCGCAGUGCGCUUUCCACUGUCUUCGUCGAUGAAGUCGACUACCUCGUCGAGACUGUACGCGACCUUGGCCCGGAGCAAUCGAACAAGCGGCGCGCGUUGGAGCGUCGGAUUCGCAAGCACCCAGGCCCGACGCGCGAACUUCUCGACAUCAUAUACGAAGACCGCCUACGCAGAAAUGCGGAGCUCCUCGAGAGCGAGUACGAACACGACGACGAGGCUGGCGUUGCAUCGAAAAGGGAAACUAUCGGGGGACCCCAGUUGGUGCUGGCGAGCGCGACACUGCCGGGCCACCUAAGCUCGUACGUCUUCGGGCAGAGUGGAUGGUUUGCGAGGCAUGAUUAUGUGCGUAUAACGAAGAGCAAGGACGACAGUUCAUCUGUGAGCAAGACUAUGGGGCUUGGCGGCACUGGUGUCGAGCAUUCCGUCAUUCUUGUUGGGCCGAACAGUGCGACCAAUAUUCCUGGAGCAGAGCCGUCGACACAGGCAACCGAGCUUCCAUCAGUCUUGUCAGAGGACGAGCAAGCGCUCGACGAGGAUGCCUUGAGCAAAGAAGAGAAGCGAGGCGAACCCCAAAGGUUUGCCGGCAAGCGGUCGCCCUACAAUCCAGAUGUCAUGGAGGCCAUUGCUACGGCAUUCGCGUUAGACGUCCCUUCUGUGGCGCUCCUUGUGCUGCCUACAUCGGCCAACGUGAAGCGCGCAGUGUACGAUCUUCGCGAGCUCGGUGUCAAUGCGCGACCGCUGGACCUUGCCCAGCAACGAGGUCUUUUGACAGGAACGCAAGAAGCGAGGAGCAAUCCGAUGAUGCUGGUAUCGACUUUCUCUGCUAUCCGGGGGCUCGAUUUACCCGACCUCACGCAUGUUUUCAUCCUUGGCGUCCUGGAGAGGGAGAUUGUGCCCCGCGCCACUGACGCGUAUGUUCACAUUGCAGGACGCGUGGGUCGUUCAGGACGAGGGGGGAAGGUGGUCUCGUUUAUCGAGACGACGGAGGCGGAUGGUGCUGCGUACGACCCGGACGCUGCGCCUGAGGAAAAGGCGGCUGCGCGCCAGGGAGACCUGUGGCGACUGCAGCGGGUGUUGAAGCGGCUGUCGCUGAGACCGAGGGCGUUCCCGCACUUUGAUGACGUAGAGUACGAGGAGGAAGUGUAG